GAUUGCGAUUUUUCAUUCAGUUGAAUCAGUUGAAUUGACAGAAAUUGGGGAAACGGGAAGAGUUACGGCAAAAAAGUUAAACAAUAAUUAUUAACCAUGUUUGUUUCACGCCCUAUUGUAUCCAGGCUUUUUCAGCAAUCUGUUCGCCGCUACCACAAUGAGCACUUCAAGCCGCCAAGCAUGGAUGAGCUGCCUAUUCCUCGUGGCUCAUGGCAGGCACAGCACGACGCUAACCAGCGCAAAUACAAUGCCGCUCUCUUGUUCGGGAUUGCGUUUGCUACUGGCACCUUAAUUGUGGCUAAGACAUCGGGUCUCAUCUACCUGAACUACUCUCCCCCAAAGUCUUUGGACUAGAUAUUGCUGUAAAUGAAAUAGGUGAAAACAUUCAGAUUUUGUAAAAUAUGAACUAAAUAUUAUUCAUGUUACUUGUUUUACAAAAACUGGGAAGACAAAUAAAUGUAAUAGGUAAUAUAAUCAAUAAAUA